CCCAUCUCCUCCCACCCCACACCAUACAACCUCAUCCACCAUAACCACCACACCACCAACCCUCAACCAUCCUACGCAACAAUGACCACCCCCGCCCCCAAGAAAAUCCUCCUCCUCAACGGCCCCAACCUCAACCUCCUCGGCACCCGCGAACCGCACAUCUACGGCAGCACGACCCUGCCCGAAGUCGAGACCGCGUGCGUCGAGCGCGCCACCGCCCUCGGCGCCACGCUGCAAGCCUUCCAAUCGAACCACGAGGGCGCACUCGUGGACCGGAUCCAGCAGGCCCGCACGGAAAAAGUCGACGCCAUCAUCAUCAACCCGGGGGCGUACACGCACACGAGCGUGGCGAUCCGCGACGCGCUGCUGGGGGUGGCGAUCCCAUUCAUCGAGCUGCACGUCAGCAACGUGCACGCGCGGGAGCCGUGGCGGCACCACAGUUACUUCUCCGAUAAGGCGAGUGGGAUUAUUGUUGGCUUGGGGGUGGAUGGGUAUACCAUCGCGGUUGAGCACAUCGUCAGAAAGUUUGGGAAGUUGGAGUAUAACUAGCUUUUUUUUAACUUGUCUUGCUUGUUUGGGGGGGGUUUGGAAAAUAGGGGAUUCCUGGUUGUGGAAAAUAUUUGGGAGGGAAAAAUGGAUUACGAGUUAAGGGGGUCCGUCCUGUGGGUAUAAAAUGGUAUAUAGCGGUAUAUGUAUAUGACCUGGUUGAUAUUUGUAUUUACAUGGCUGC